CUCUGCUUCGUUGUGGACAUCGUGACGCUGACCCGAGUCAUUGUCGAUGGAGCCUUCAUCACAGGAGUACCCCGAAUGGUCAUACCCCUGAAGAGACUGAAACUCUUAAAAGAAAGAAUCAAAAUUAAUAAAAAUUGCAAAACAGGAUUUCUCCAAAAAACUAUAAAAAGUACAAAUAUUUUAGGAGAGUUUAAAAAAUCCAAUUUGGGAAAAAAGUUGACGAUUAAAAAAAAGAGAGACUUAGCCACCGACUAUGAACGCUUCCAGAUUUAUCACGCCAAGAGAGAACUGAAAAAAAAAAUGAACCUCCUGAUGAGCAAGAAGGAGAGUAGCAGUAAGGGAGACAAGAAGAAGAAGGCCAAGAAGGUUAAGAAGGCGGGGAAGAAGUAG